GAGCACAAAGAAAGGAAAAAAAAAAAAAAUCGAAGAAAGCGGGAGGGAUGGAGAAUGAAAGCUCGAGCAGCAAGUUGCAGAGGCUGAUGGAAGCAAUCAAAUCUUCAGAGGUGGUUGAGGGCCGUAUCGAGCUGUUUGCUAGACUGGAGGAGUUGCAUCUAUCUGAGAAAUCUGAUUUGGCAUCGCUAUUUGAUUGCCUAACAGGAGAUGUGUUUCAAUUUUUAACUGUGUUGUUUGAUGUGAGAAAUGCAUUCCGUUCUCUCCUUAACAACAUAAUGGACACAUUGGGAAGAUUCUACUUGCUUGGAUGGUGCUUUGCACAAUUGCUGCUACUCGGAGUAAAGGCAAGUCUUUGGUGUGGCAAGCAUCUCAAAAUGACACUUAUGUCAACUGGGGAAUCUCAAGAAGAAGAAGAACAUGGCAGCAUUUUCUUUAAGUUGCUCUUGGAUGUUUUGAACUUCACUGCUACUAUCUCCACAGCUAUUACAAGGAACUGUACCUUGGAUGAUGAGAUAUUGAAGAUUGUUGAAAAUUUUAUUUUGGAGCAGUUGGAUAUGAUAAGAAAUGCAAUAUCAGAAAUUAAGAAAAUCAGUUCAAUUGGUGGAGAGGUACUAAGGGCUGCACAAAUGGCCAUUGAAGCUGCGAUAAAACUAUGCAAGGAGUACUUGCAAGUGGUGAAAUGGGAGCUCUCUGACAUAGAAUUUGAGAAAGAUACGAUGGAUAUAAAUUGUCAGAAGGUCUGUAUUAUUAACAUAACAAUGGUUACUAUAGAAAAGCUUUUUGAACUAGGCAUCUUAGCAGCUAAUGAUGGUGGAAGUCUGGUAACCAUUCUGAAUGUUUCAUGGAAAGGUGUGGUUACCUUGCUUCAGCUAGGCAAGGGAAAAUUAUCAUGGAAGGGAAAGGUAGCUGAGAUUAUUAAGACUUUAAUUUCACUUGUCAAUGAGUCUCUCAAAUGUGCAGCUGAGUUAUGGUCUUCUUCACUGAAGGAUACUGUUUCUGUAGCCGAAGCUAGAAGGACUUGUGAUGUGAAACAGGAGCAGAAGUAUGGACUUGUUGACUUCUUGUUCAUUGAUGACUCUUGCUUAGAUUCUGUUAAUGGUGAUCCAGUCAAAAAUUGUAUGGCAACUUCAAUGGAUGAAAUCUUUUCUGUAAAUCUUUCGGCAAUGUCAAAGGUGAGAGUAUUGUUGCCUGGUCGAGUGGCACUUUUUAUCACUUUUCUAAGAUACUCUUCUGGUCUUGAGGAAGAUGUAAACUUUUUGAUUGCCAGAAAGCUGGACUGGUUUUUACAAAUAUUAAUUGAUGAAGAGAUUUAUUCAUUCAUUCUUGUUUCACAUAUUCCAGUGUCGUAUGUUUCAGGAAAGACAGUGGAUUUGGUUUGGGAACCUAUAUUUUCAGCUCUUUUAAAUGCACUGAAAACCUUCAUGAUAGUUGUUUCUUCAACCCUUGCUUGGGGUGAACUGGAGUCUUUCCUGCUGGAGAAUUUCUUCCAUCCUCACUGUCUUUGCUGGGACAUUAUAAUGGAACUUUGGUGCUUUGUGGUGCGUCAUGCUGAGAGAGAGUUGGUUAUUGGGAUCAUUGACAAACUGUGUGCAUUAAUGAUGUUUGUAUCAUCUUCAGAAUCAGUUCAUUUUCAGGGUUCUGCUCUAAGGAAAACUGCAAGAUCAAUCUGUAUGCUUAUAGCAUUUGGUUCACCAUCAGCCAUAGAGAGGGUUUACAGGUCUGUUGUCAGUGAUGAAAGAUCUCAGUUGCUGGUUCUGUAUGUAGCUCUUCUCCAGGAAGGCUUUCCGCUGAACUUGUUGCAAGAUAGCUUGAGAAGCAUUGCUAAAGAAAAAAUCAUUACUGAUUACUUUGGUCUUAUAGACAGUUUUGAUGACAAAUUGUUAGAUUUCUCCAGUUUUUCCCUUGGGGUUCCAGUGUUUGCUCUAUCUGCUUCCCUUCAAUCACUGCAAGUUAGCUUAUCCGACAUUGACAAGAAGACUGCAAAGUUCCUUGUUACAGUUAUUCAUGGCUACAGAAAUUCUGCAGACAAGUUAGCUAAGGACAGUUUCUGUAAGCUUUUGGCUGAAGGAUUAGGGAUAAUCUCAAAUAUAAGUCACGUAUAUGCACCAAAUGAGAUGGAAGAGGUCAUCUUGGAGCUUGAGGACUUGUUUGUUUCAGGAAAAACAGCUUCAGAUGUCCAGUUGUCUCAUUGCAAACCUGAACUGGCUCUUUACAUGGCUGCACUUAGUCAAAUGAUGAUGUCAGAAAGUGAUAAUUGUGCCACAAGCUCUGCCACGUGGGCAUUGUAUCACAUGCUUUUGAGAGACCGGCACUGGGCAUUUGUGCAUUUGGCCAUUGCAUCAUUUGGAUAUUUUGCUGCUCGUACUAAUUGUAAUCAGUUAUGGAGAUUUGUGCCGCAAAAUGCUGCUCUUUCAUAUGAUUUAGUGGCUGGAAAUGAGGCAAGCGAGGAGAGAUUCAUGUCUGAAUUUAAGGCAUUUCUUGAGAAAGAAAUGGCUCUUCUUACGGUUACACCCAGCUAUGAGCAAGUUGGGAUGCUUAUGGAGGAAGGUCUAGUUCUGAAAGGAAUGGUUCAAAAGAUAGCAAAUAUGAAUAUAGAUGUUGUACAAUGUGAAAAUAUAGGGAUAGAUAGUGUAGAUGGUGAAAACCAAUCAAACAAAAGAAGGAAGCUUCCUGAUGGAAUUAGCAAGGGAGUGGAAAUGCUACAGAAUGGUCUGAGGGUAAUUAGUGAGAGUCUUACCCAGUGGCAACCAGGUCCUGUAGAGUCUGCUGAGCUUCAUGAGAAGUUCUUGACUCACUUUUCUUCCCUUGAAGAUGCAAUUUCUAACAUAGUGGGUCUUCAAGGCAGUGGUUAACUUAUUAUUUUCAGCUGUCUGCCAAGGCAAUUGUGUGAAGUGGUUUGACAACAAAGGUACUGAAUCUGAAUUGUAUGGCAAAACAAAGCCGCAAUGGUAUACAAAUGAACUGAGUGCUAACAGGUACAACUGUUUUCUUUAUUGGUAUCACUUCCAUUUAACUUGGAUCUUCCAGCUGCAACUGAACCCUUCUAGACUUCUAGUUCUGUUUGUAGAAUUUUGUAUAGAAACACAUCCGCAUGUGUAAAGUAAGUCAUGACCAUAAUCAUCAAGAUGAUGUGAGUGUUGGGACGUGGAAGUAGGAUUUUUCCCAAGUUUGCAUGUAGGGUCUAAUAGAUCUGUCCUGGAACUACUCUAAACCAAAUCUUUAAGCUUGUGAUCUGCAACAUUCUGAUUUACUUAGGUUGUGCAGUUUGCUCACCAUCUAGGCAUAUAGAUACUUGUUGAGGACCAUUUGAACCAAAAAACUUGGUUGUUUAGUGGAUCCUCCAUAAUAUACAUAUUCUUUAAAC